AAACGACGUCAGUGUUGAAAUUGUGAAAUUGGUGAAAUCAAUCCAUCCAUCAGUCAGAUUCCCGAACAUUGUCAGCAUUGUGACGCUGCCUGUGGUUUGUAAACUCUACGAAUUUAACCAAGCGUUUCUACAUUAAAAUGCCGAAAGUGCGAAGAAGUCGGAAGCCCCCUCCAGAAGGUUGGGAACUGAUUGAGCCAACAUUGGACGAACUUGAACAGAAAAUGCGUGAAGCUGAAAGCGAACCACAUGAAGGGAAACGUAAGGUGGAAGCGUUAUGGCCAGUCUUUCGAAUUCACCAUCAGAAAUCUCGUUACAUUUAUGAUCUCUACUACCGUAGGAAAGCUAUUAGCAAAGAGCUGUACGACUUUUGCUUGAAAGAAAAUAUUGCUGAUGCAAAUUUGAUUGCUAAGUGGAAAAAACAAGGCUAUGAAAAUCUGUGUUGUCUGAGAUGCAUACAAACCAGAGAUACCAAUUUUGGGACCAGUUGCAUUUGCAGAGUACCCAAAGCCAAGCUGGAAGAGGGACGCAUUGUGGAAUGCAUUCAUUGUGGCUGCCGUGGUUGUUCAGGAUAAAAUGAUAACUUAUUGAUUUUGUAUAUAUGUAAUGUAUCUUAGUUUUACUAUACCCCAAUGACUAUGAACUUUACUAAAGUAUUCUUUUCUUUGAUUAA